CGGGCGAGAGAGCGCUUUCAGCCUAACGGAGGAGGAGGAAUGAGAGAAAGAACAUCUCUGGGUAGACGCGAAGAGGACCGCGGCGGCCGGUGCAGCGCAGGUGGAAGGAAGGUGACUCAGUCGGAGGCGAUGCCCCACGCGCCAUGGAGGGCCUGAACGCCUCCGCUGAGUGUCCGUGCGAGGCACCGCUCUGCACGCACAUCCACUGCAGACGCUUGCUCAACCUCUGCACCUCGGCCUUCAACUGUCCCAACGACACGCAGGACGUCCUCGCCAGUCCGACCGUAUCCUCUGAUGGACCUGACUGGUACUUCCUGGCAUUCGCGGUGACCCUGAUGGCAACGGGGGCCGUGGGCAACGUGCUCGUGUGUCUGGCCGUGUGUCUCGACAGAGCCUUGCAGAAUUCGACCAACUACUUUCUGCUUUCGCUGGCGGUGGCCGACCUGAUCGUCUCCCUGUGCGUGAUGCCGCUUGGAGCCAUUCCCGGAUUCUUAGGGUACUGGCCACUUGGGGUGGCGUGGUGCAGCGUUUAUGUGACGAGCGACGUCCUCGCCUGCUCGGCCUCCAUCCUGCACAUGUGCGUCAUCAGCCUGGGACGUUACCUCGGCAUCCGCAGCCCCCUCAGGGCCAGACACCGAAAGUCCAAGCGCUACCUCGCUAAAAAGGUGGCAUGCGUGUGGCUUGUGGCCGCAUUGAUCUCGAGUUCGAUAACCGUGCUGGGCGCGCAGGACGCGACGAACAUAAUGCCCGACGCGGGCACAUGUGCCAUCAACAACCGGGCGUUCUCCCUGUUCGGCUCGAUCGCCGCCUUCUACGCACCCAUGGUCCUCAUGGUGGGCAGUUACGCGGCCACUCUACACCUACUGAGGCGCAAGGCUCGAUUUGGCGCUGCGGCGCGCGCUCAGCGGCUGCUGCAGCAAGGCCGGCCCCAGGGGCAGGUCCCCGGGGCCCCCGGCACCCCGAACGGCGUCAGGCACGUCAAGAGCCGCCAGCAGACGACCAACGGUGGCCGCGAGACGCGAAGUUUGAGGAUUCGCACACCCAUGAUGCCCUCGCAAUUAAGGAAUUUUUUUUACAGACUGUCAGAGCACAAAGCGUCGACCGUGUUGGGACUAGUAUUCGCCUCGUUCGUGCUCUGUUGGGCGCCCUUCUUCGUCCUCAACGUAUUGGAGGCCGUGUGUCCGACGUGCGCAUCGCCCAGUCCGGCCCUGCUGACAUUUUGUCUCUGGCUGGGCUACUUCAGCUCGUGCAUCAACCCUGUCAUCUACACUGUAUUCAACAGGUCGUUCCGCGCCGCUCUCUUCCGUCUCCUGAGGUGCCGCGGUGCACCACCCCCAGCGGCGAGCUUUUCAUCGCGAUUUCGCUCCAUGACGGAGUGCAGGACGAUAGCGGGGACAAGUUCUUUGUCAGGACCGCCUUCGGGAGAAGUGCGAAUACAUCCCAUGAGGAUGGCCUCUAGCUACCCAGCUACGUUCGACAUUCUGCCGUGAAAGGCCCUGCAUUUAGCGGACUGUGAUGAACCUAUCCCCUCGACUCCGCCGGCUGGCAGCUGAGCACCAGCAAGGCAGAGAGCCCCAAGUUCCAGAGAGCGAAACUUUUGCGCAGAAAAAGGAGGUCGGCUAAACGCGUGUUAUGAUUAGUCGUCGAUGCAGGUACGCAAGGGAUCUAAUUCCACCGAGCGAGAGCAAGUUAAGUGCACAUCAGCAGCAAAAAUAGCACUCUCUUUGUUACUGCUUCAGCGUCGAUAAUGUAGGAGCGGUUUCAAGCUGAACGUGUGCCGUGCGUUGCGAAAGAAAGUGAGAAGAUGGUUAAGUGCAUGGAAUUCGCAGAGACGGGAAAAGAACACACGCACAGACGAUAUUCUUCUGUAAAUGUGUCGAUUGUCAUGUUAAUUUAUUUAUUCGAUUAAAUGCAUCACUGCUUCGUGUGCAGUAAAAAAAAUUGCGCUGAAUAAACCGAGAGCUUCCAAGUUGGCACGCGAAAAUAAACGCGCGCGCGAACUGAGCCAUUUGUCAGUGGGCUGGCACGACAUCUGGCAAGAGCGUUGGAGCGCCAGCAGUUUGCGCAGGUAGCCGACAGAUGACUUUUCCAGCCAGAAAAAGCCAGCGAGAAAAUCGAAAGGGAGAACUGCUCGCGUGAUUCACUCGUUAAUCUUGUAGGCAUUAUAUUUUGUAACAGUGUGAAAAUGGAUAAAAUGUUAUCGCAGUAGUCCUGUCAAGAUGUUGUCUUGUUAAAUUAUGUCUGCUAUUCUAUUCACUUUUCCGAGCUUUAUACAAAUUACAUUCAUACACACUCGCAGCUCCUUCAGUACAAACGAGCAAGCUGUCGACGCGACGUACUCAGACUUUGCGCCAUAAUUAAAAUUCUCUUUCAGCAUUUUCCUUGUUAUACCGGGUACGCAAGUGGAGUUGUUUUCAAGCGUAACAAAAUGCAUUUAUUUCUCAAUAAAUUGUGUAAAAUAAUGAAUAA